AUGUCCGCCCUCUCCAGCCCAGGUCUCCUGGGUACAGAAAGCUACGAGCUUCCACCGCACUCGUCACACUCCGACGCGCCCAUCCUCGACAUGGAAAAGCCCUUCAAGCCCUACAAACUCUCCUUCACCCAACGCCUCCGCCACUUCACCUGGGCCUGGUACACCCUGACGAUGAGCACAGGUGGGCUGGCGCUGCUAAUCGCCAACCAGCCCAACAAAUUCACUGGCCUCUACGAAAUCGGCUUGACAGUCUACAUCAUCAACCUCGUCCUCUUCGCACUAGUCUGCUCGCUCAUGGUCGCCCGCUUCAUCCUCCACGGCAACCUCAUCGAGUCCCUCGCCCACGACCGCGAAGGCCUCUUCUUCCCAACCUUCUGGCUCUCCAUCGCAACCAUGAUCACCGGCCUAGAGAAGUACUUCGGCGACGACCCAGCAGCCGCCUUCUCCAAAACCCUAGAAGUACUUUUCUGGGCCUACUGCGUGUGCACCUUUGCCGUCGCCGUUCUCCAAUACUCCUACCUCUUCGCCUCCAUCCCCUACAAGCUGCAAACCAUGAUGCCAUCCUGGGUUCUCCCCGCCUUCCCAAUCAUGCUCAGCGGCACCAUCGCCUCCGUCAUCGCCGAGCGCCAGCCGGACGGCUCCGCCAUCCCCAUCGUCACAGCCGGCAUGACCUUCCAAGGCCUCGGCUUCUGCCUCAGCUUCAUGAUGUACUCGCACUACAUCGGCCGCCUCAUGGAAUCCGGCCUGCCAAACCGCGAGCACCGGCCGGGCAUGUUCAUCUGCGUCGGCCCACCCGCCUUCACCGCGCUAGCCCUCAUCGGAAUGGCGCGCGGGCUGCCCGAAACCUUCUCCGUGAUGGGCAGCGAGGACAGCGCGGCCGAUGGACGAAUGCUGGAGAUUCUGGCGCUGGCGGCGGGCGCCUUUCUGUGGGCGCUGAGUCUAUGGUUUUUCUGUGUGGCGCUGAUUGCCGUGCUGCGGGCGCCACCGACGGCGUUCCAUCUUAGUUGGUGGGCGAUGGUGUUCCCCAAUACGGGAUUUACGAUCGCGACGAUUGUGCUGGGGAAUGCAUUUGAGAGUGCUGCUAUUCGGGGCGUUGGCUCGGCGCUCUCGAUUUGCAUUGUGGCUAUGUGGUUGUUUGUCCUUGUGAAUCAUGUUCUGGCUGUUGUGAGGCAGGAUAUCAUGUUCCCAGGCAAAGAUGAGGAUGUCUCUGAAUAA